AUGGAUAGAUUAAAUCAAUUAAGUGGUCAAUUAAAACCAAACACCAAACAAUCUAUUUUACAAAAAAACCCAGACGAUGUAGUCAUUGUUGCUGCAUACAGAACUGCUAUUGGUAAAGGGUUCAAAGGUUCUUUUAGAAGUGUUCAGUCGGAAUUUAUUUUGGCUGAAUUCUUGAAGGAAUUUAUCAAGAAAACCAAAGUUGAUCCAUCUUUGAUUGAAGAUGUUGCCAUGGGUAAUGUUUUGAACCAAGCUGCAGGUGCCACUGAACAUAGAGGUGCUUGUUUGGCUGCUGGUAUUCCAUACACCGCUGCUUUUAUUGCUGUCAAUAGAUUUUGUUCUUCUGGGUUAAUGGCUAUUUCUGAUAUUGCCAACAAGAUCAAGACUGGUGAAAUCGAAUGUGGUUUAGCUGGUGGUGUUGAAUCCAUGUCUACUAAUUACCGUAACCCAAAGGUUGCCCCAAAAAUUGACGAACACUUGGCUGAUGAUGAACAAAUGGAAAAAUGUUUGAUUCCAAUGGGUAUCACCAAUGAAAAUGUUGCUAGCCAAUUCAAUAUCUCCAGAGAAAGACAAGAUGAAUUUGCCGCCAAAUCAUAUAAUAAAGCUGCCAAGGCUGUUGCUUCUGGAGCUUUCAAGCAAGAAAUCUUGCCAAUCAGAUCUAUCAUCAGAAACUCUGAUGGUACUGAAAAGGAAAUUAUCGUUGACACCGAUGAAGGUCCAAGAGAAGGUGUUACUGCUGAAUCCUUAUCUAAAUUGAGACCAGCUUUUGAUGGUACUACCACUGCUGGUAACGCCUCCCAAGUUUCCGAUGGUGCUGCAGCCGUUUUGUUGAUGAAGAGAAGUUUGGCUGAAGCUAAAGGAUACCCAAUUGUUGGUAAAUAUGUUCUUUGUUCAACUGCAGGUGUUCCACCAGAAAUCAUGGGUGUUGGUCCAGCCUAUGCCAUCCCAGAAGUCUUGAAGAGAACUGGUUUGACAGUUGAAGAUAUUGAUGUAUUUGAAAUCAAUGAAGCCUUUGCUGCCCAAUGUCUUUACUCUGCUGAGCAAGUAAAUGUACCUGAAGAAAAAUUAAACAUCAAUGGUGGUGCUAUUGCCUUGGGUCAUCCAUUGGGUGAAACUGGUGCUCGUCAAUAUGCUACUAUUAUUCCAUUAUUAAAACCAGGUCAAAUUGGAUUGACUUCAAUGUGUAUUGGUUCUGGUAUGGGUUCUGCUUCAAUUUUGGUUAGAGAAUAG